AUGGCUCUCUCCAUCUUCUCCUCUCUCCUCCUCAUAUCCCUCUUUCACUUCCCUUCCUCACAUGCAGAGCCGUUCAUCGGAGUUAACUACGGUCAAGUCGCCGACAAUCUCCCUCCGCCAUCGGAAACCGCCAAGCUACUCCAGUCCACUUCGAUUCAGAAGGUGAGACUCUACGGCGCCGAUCCCGCCAUCAUCAAAGCUUUGGCCGGAACCGGCGUCGGCAUCGUCAUCGGCGCCGCUAACGGUGACGUUCCUUCUCUCGCCUCCGAUCCCAACGUCGCCACUCAAUGGAUCAACUCCAAUGUCCUCCCUUUUUACCCCGCCUCCAAAAUCAUCCUCAUCACCGUCGGCAACGAGGUGCUGAUGUCGAAUGACCCAAAUUUAGUGAACCAGCUACUCCCGGCGAUGCAAAAUGUUCAGAAAGCUCUCGAGGCGGUGUCGCUCGGCGGGAAAAUAAAGGUGUCGACGGUGCACGCGAUGUCGGUACUGGGAAAUUCGGAACCGCCAUCAGCCGGUUCAUUUGCGGCCGGUUAUCAAACCGGUUUAAAGGGAAUUCUGCAGUUCCUAAGCGACACUGGCUCGCCUUUCGCGAUUAACCCGUACCCGUUCUUCGCGUACCAAAGUGACCCGAGACCCGAAACACUGUCGUAUUGCCUAUUCCAGUCUAACCCGGGACGGGUCGACUCCAAUACCGGAAUCAAGUACAUGAACAUGUUUGACGCUCAGGUUGAUGCGGUUCACUCGGCUUUGAAAUCGAUGGGCUUCGAGAAGGUGGAGAUUGUGGUGGCGGAAACUGGUUGGGCUUCACGAGGAGACACAAACGAGGUCGGACCGAGCGUGGAUAAUGCCAAAGCCUACAACGGAAACCUAAUAGCUCAUCUAAAGUCAAUGGUUGGCACACCUCUCAUGCCUGGAAAGUCUGUCGACACAUACAUUUUCGCACUCUACGAUGAGAAUCUAAAGCCUGGACCAUCUUCAGAACGGGCCUUCGGGCUUUUCAAAACCGAUCUUUCUAUGGCCUAUGAUAUAGGCCUUGCCAAGAGUAGCGGUAGUAGCAGCAAUAGUAGUCAGACGCCAUCAGGAAAAGUGACGACGACGGGAUGGUGUGUACCAAAGAAGGGUGCGACGAAUGAGCAAUUGCAGGCGAGCUUGGAUUGGGCGUGCGGGCAAGGAAUAGACUGUGGGGCGAUACAACCAGGAGGAGCUUGUUUCGAGCCUAACAAUGUGGCCUCACACGCAGCUUUUGCCAUGAAUAUGUAUUUCCAAAAGUCUCCUAAAAAGUCUACAGAUUGCGAUUUCUCUCAAACCGCAACAGUUACCUCCCAAAACCCUAGUUAUAACAGUUGCGUCUAUCCUGGAGGAGCAACAGGAAGUACAGGAGCAAUGAACAGUAAAUUGGUAGAGCACAAGAAUGGAGCUGUUGAACCAAAUGUCUCUUCUUCUCUGUCUUUUCUAGUGAUCAUCUUUAUGUCCAUAGUCUUACAUCUGGAAAUGUCUGUCUCCGAGCUCAAAGAACGCCACGCCGUCGCUACGGAGACCGUCAACAACCUCCGUGACACGCUUAGACAGAGACGCCUCCAGCUCCUCGACACCGAUGUGGCCACGUAUUCGGCGGCGCAGGGACGUUCUCCGGUAAGCUUCGGUGCGACGGAUCUGGUUUGCUGUCGUACUCUCCAGGGACACACCGGAAAGGUUUAUUCAUUGGAUUGGACGCCUGAGAGGAACAGGAUCGUCAGUGCUUCUCAAGAUGGGAGACUAAUCGUGUGGAAUGCGCUAACGAGUCAGAAAACUCACGCUAUCAAACUCCCUUGUGCUUGGGUGAUGACGUGUGCCUUCUCUCCGAAUGGCCAGACGGUUGCCUGUGGUGGAUUGGACAGUGUGUGUUCCAUCUUCAGCCUUAGCGCAACCGCUGAUAAAGACGGGACUGUACCGGUUUCGAGAAUGCUCAGUGGUCACAGAGGGUAUGUUUCUUGCUGCCAGUAUGUCCCGAACGAGGAUGCUCACCUAAUCACGAGCUCAGGUGAUCAAACGUGUGUGUUAUGGGAUGUGACUACUGGCCUCAAAACUUCUGUCUUUGGUGGUGAGUUUCAGUCUGGACAUACUGCUGACGUACUAAGUGUUUCAAUCAGUGCAUCAAACCCAAACUGGUUUAUAUCUGGUUCAUGCGAUUCCACUGCACGUUUGUGGGACACUCGUGCUGCGAGCAGAGCAGUGCGGACGUUUCAUGGGCACGAGGGAGAUGUGAAUACGGUCAAGUUCUUUCCGGAUGGGUAUAGAUUUGGGACAGGGUCAGACGAUGGAACGUGCAGGUUGUAUGACAUAAGGACUGGUCAUCAGCUCCAGGUGUAUCAGCCACAUGGGGAUGGUGAGAAUGUACCAGUGACUUCCAUCGCGUUCUCUGUCUCGGGGAGGCUUCUUUUCGCUGGCUACGCAAGCAACAACACCUGCUGCGUUUGGGAUACUCUCUUGGGAGAGGUUGUAUUGGAUUUGGGGGGACUGCAGGAUUCACACAAGAAUCGGAUAAGCUGUUUGGGGAUGUCAGCAGAUGGAAGUGCCUUAUGUACAGGAAGUUGGGAUUCUAAUCUAAAGAUAUGGGCGUUUGGAGGGCACAGGAGAGUGAUAUGA